AAAUACACUGCCAUUGGACUACUGGGCAAAGCUACUGAUACAUUAGAUGCUACAGGAAAAGUAACUGAAGAAAAACCUUAUGACCAGAUAACAAAAGGAGAUCUUGAAAAUGUGCUACAGAAGUUCACAGGGGACAUAAUGCAGGUUCCCCCACUCUAUUCUGCUUUGAAGAAGGAUGGAGAAAGGCUAUCAACUCUGAUGAAGAGAGGAGAAGCAGUUGAAGCAAAGCCUGCUCGGCCAGUAAGAGUGUACAGCCUCUCUCUCCAACAGUUCCAGCCACCACUGUUCACACUGGAUGUUGAAUGUGGCGGUGGCUUUUAUGUCAGGAGCCUGGUCAGUGACAUUGGCAAAGAACUCUCUACCUGUGCCACUAUGCAAGAGCUGACCCGAACCAAACACGGGCCAUUUACGCUGGAGGAGCAUGCCCUUCAUGAAGACAAAUGGACAAUUGAUGAAAUUGCACGAUCCUUAGAGCACUGCACAUCUCUUCUCCCAGGAGAGCCAUCUCAUAAAAAAUUGAAGACAGAGCAUCCUGGUGAAACUGCUGUGAGCUGUGAAGAUAAGUGAUAAGUUAGGUCAAGGAAAAAGACUGAAUGAUUGAGACAUUUUAAGAUUGGAUUGGGAUUGUCUUGCCUCCUGUGUAUAUCUACAAGUCUGUACUGGGAGGGUGACAAAUUGCAGUGCAAGAAAAAUGGUUCUUUUGUUUUCUGGGCUGAGAACAUGCACUGAAAAUAUCCAGCACUUGCUGUUUCCUCAUCUGUUUAUUUCCUUCUUGCAUACUGUAAAUGGAUCUGCCACUGAUGUCAAAUCUUCAUAAAGUUUUAAAGAACUCAUAGGGUGAAAUAUACCUGUUGUUGCCACUUCCUCAAUAAAACAUAAA